AUGACAUCCCUGGCUUGGCUCCGUGAUCUAUGUGCCACGGUACGUGCCGCAGAUCUCAGCGUUGAUACAGAUGUUGCGCUUCACGAACAAUCACUACCACCAAGCAAAGAUCCAUGGUAUCGACCACCUCAAGGCUGGGAGUCCAAGCAACAAGGCGACAUUCUUCGUAUUUCGUCUGUGCCAACACUCUCGGAAAUAGUGGGAAACUCUUCAGCUACCUACCACAUUUUGUAUCGAUCCACAGAUUCCAAGAAUGAUCCAUCAUGGGCUGUUACUACGCUGUUUAUUCCUUCAUCCAUCUAUCACUCCCCGUCAGGAAAGAUGGCAAUUUUGUCUUAUCAAUUUGCCUACAAUACGGCGAACUUUGACUCUUGUCCAUCCUUUGCCCUCUCAGGUGUUAUGGCGAGAAGUGAGCCAAGCCUUGGAAUAAAGUCGAGUACAUCGUUGAUCGACGAGAUGCUUUCGUUCGGGUGGGUCGUGAGUACUCCAGAUCACUUGGGGCCCGAUUCUGCCUUUGGUGCAAGCAUUCAGGGCGGCCAUGCCACUCUUGAUGCUGUUCGAGCAGUCCAUCGCUUGCUGGAUCUAGGGAAAGCGUCCGCCUACAACACUACUAUCUGGGGCUACAGCGGCGGUUCGAUUGCCACUUUCGCCGCAGCAGAGCUUCAAUCAAAAUAUGCCCCUGAUGUGAAAAUUGAUGGAACUGUUCUGGGUGGCUUUGUUGAUAAUGUCUCGGGCGAUUUCGACAAGCUUAACAAGAGCCCGAUUGCUGGUGCGUUGGCAGCCUUUCUAUUGGGCAUCACGUCCCAAUACCCAGAGGCAAGGAGCUAUUUGGAAAGCCGUCUCUUACCAGCAAUGAAGGAUGAAUUCAUGUCCAUCCUAGAUAAGGAAGCCACCGAGACAGUCCAGCACUUCUCGGGACGAGAUAUCUACACUUUCUUCCAAAGUGGCAUUGCAGAUCUCAGAGCGCCUCAACUACAAACACUCUAUGAUGAGCAGGCAAAACUAGGGUCUGAAAGGGCUCCUCUAAUGCCGAUGUUUUUGUACAAGGCUAUAAAUGAUCAGUUCUGUCCGGUCGAAUGGACGGAUGCAACUGUUGUCGAGCUCUGCAAUUCUGGCGCCGAGAUCACCUACGAGAGGAACACUGUCGGAAGCCACGUUUCUGAAAUUGAGAACGGGAAGCCAAGGGCAUUCAAAUUUCUUUGGAGUCUCUUCGAAGGGUCGUAUGUGUCGCCUUCUACCAAGCAGAGCGUUUCGGACGUAACAGUGGAUAUUUCUGGAUAG